GAAUAAUAAAGUGUAUUUCCGAAUAUUAGUUUUGAGACAGUAAAGUAAACAAAGAGAAUGAAACACACAGAAUAAUGAAUAUGUCUUUCUUAAGAUGUGUGUUUUUGUUGAUGCUAUUCGCGACGUUGUGUUAUUGUUUUCCUAGGAGAUGCAGGCAUUUAGCGGAUUGCAAAUGCGGUGAAUAUUGUGUGAAGUCCGACAGAAACGUACGCUGUAUGAGGAGACGCGACUGUGUCUGCAAGACAGGGUGUCUGGUUUUUAACACUUUCAUACCGGCUGGUCAGAAUAAGCCUGUUCAUUGUAACCGCUGUUCAUGCCCAGAAAACCCACAACUAAGCAAAGGAAUCCCUGGUUGUACUCGACGGUCGUGGUGUAACAUACCUCCAAGAACAGACGUCUACCUGAAUAAUCCGCACUGCGGACAGACAGGCUAAUGAGGCGGCGGCUAAGAUCGGCCAUAUUGAGAUGGUUCGCGGUUCAAACCACAAAUUUGAACGUUUUUCACCUUCUUUUAGCUCAACCAAUAUGAUUUUUGAAGCGCACUUGUUUUUCAUUAAACAUGUUUCAGCAUAUUCUUUUACCACCCAAGGAAAUCUUUCGGACUUGUGGGAGAUUCGAAAUAAAUAUGUUAGUUCACGUU